CAUGGACAAAGUCUCUGCAGAUCCAUAACUGCACCUUGUUCAGAGUGAGUAGACCACAGUCACACAGCUCUUGUGUGAUCGUGUGCGAAAUUAACAGCCCCAGAAGGGGCAGGUUCAGAGGUGAGGACAGGAAACGGAAGUGGCCCUCAGAGGCUGUUUAAGUCUUGUUGGCGCGCGGCACUAAAGCGAGUGCACGAGGGUUUGUGGCGUGACAGUCAUCAGUGAUUUUGAGGAUUUGUUGGUGUCUCUGUGGAGCUGUUGAACUUUCCGCAUAUUGGAGGCUGCAGGAUCUUCCAUUUAUUCUGACUGCAGCCCACGUACAAAGGCCUCUCCAGCUUUGGAAGGUGGGCUGGUACUCAGAGUCAACAUGCCAGCUAAUGGGAAAUCACCCCAGAGGUUUCCUGCCCUGGUUCCAGGACAACCUGGCAGAUCAUUUGAGGGAUCUGUGUCAUUUGAAGACGUGGCUGUGGAUUUUACCCGACAGGAGUGGUACAGACUGGACCCUGCCCAGAGGACCAUGCACAAGGAUGUGAUGCUGGAGAACUACAGCAACCUGGCGUCUGUGGGCCUCUGCGUGGCCAAACCAGAGAUGAUCUUCAAGUUGGAGCGAGGGGAAGAACUGUGGAUAUUAGAGGAGGAAUCCUCAGGCCAUGGUUACCCAGGCUCUCUGUCACUGCUGUGUGCCAACAAUUCUGUUGGGGGUAAUGCCCUCAGUCAUGAUAAUGACCUUCAGCAUCAGAAGCUUCAAACUUUGGAUCAAACUGUUGAAUAUGGGAAAGCCUUCUACAAGAGAACAGCCUUUGUUGGACAUAAAAGAACACACACAGGAGAGAAAAACUUUGAAUGUCAUGAAUGUGGGAAAACUUACUGCAGGAAAUCAAAUCUUAUUGAACAUCUGAGAAUACACACAGGCGAGAGACCCUAUAAAUGUGGUGAAUGUGCAAAAACCUUUAGUGCAAGAUCAUACCUCAUUGCUCAUCAGAAAACUCACACAGGGGAGAAGCCCUUUGAAUGUAAUGAAUGUGGAAAAUCUUUUGGCAGGAAGUCACAACUCAUUCUACAUCGGAGAACACACACAGGAGAGAGACCCUAUGAAUGCACUGAGUGUGGGAAAACCUUUUCUGAGAAGGCAACCCUCAUGAUUCAUCAGAGAACUCACACAGGGGAGAAACCCUAUGAAUGUGGCGAAUGUGGGAAAACAUUUCGUGUUAAGAUAUCCCUUACUCAACACCAGAGAACUCACACAGGGGAGAAACCCUAUGAAUGUGGUGAUUGUGGGAAAAACUUUCGUGCAAAAAAAUCCCUAAACCAACAUCAAAGAAUUCACACAGGCGAGAAACCCUAUAAAUGUGGUGAAUGUGGAAAAUUCUUCAGAAUGAAGAUGACUCUCAAUAAUCACCAGAGAACUCAUACAGGUGAAAAACCCUAUCAGUGUAACGAAUGUGGGAAAUCUUUCAGGGUGCACUCAUCUCUUGGAAUACAUCAGCGAAUUCACACAGGAGAGAAACCUUAUGAAUGUAAUAAAUGUGGUAAUGCCUUCUAUGUCAAAGCACGCCUCAUUGAACAUCAGAGAAUGCAUUCAGGAGAGAAACCCUAUGAAUGUAGUGAAUGUGGAAAAAUCUUCAGUAUGAAGAAAUCCCUGUGUCAACAUCGGAGAACUCACGUAGGAGAGAAACUUUAUGAAUGAAGUGAAUGCAGGAAUGCUUUCUAUGUGCAAGUAUGCCUCAUUGACACAGGAGAGAGACCCUUUGAAUGUCAAGGAUGUGGGAAAGCCUUCUGCCAGAAAGCACACCUCAGAGAACAUCAGAGAACUCACUUAGGCCAGCCCUUGCCUUGUACUAUGGAGAAAGCUUCUCUAAGAAGAUUCCCCUCACCAUUUGACCAAGCUCUUUGGGCCAUCUGAUUACUGGUGCACACAGAGUGCACUUGUAACAAUUUGGCUCUUAUGUUGGUGUGAAAAUUGUCCUGAUCGCCUUAGGGAGUGGCUCAUUGUUGUUUUCAUUUCAUUUGGAUUUCCCUAAUUAGUGGUGAGGUUGAACAUUGGCUUACCUGUUGACUGGCCAUUUGUUUUAUUUCGUCUGUGCAAUGACUGUUCAUAUCCUUUGCUCAUUGUUUUCUAAUGGGCUGUUUAUCUUUUACUUCUUGGUUUAAAUGUUGUUUUUCUUGUUUUUUUUUAAUAUGUAAAAAUAUAAAAAUCCUUUUUCAGUCAUGUGUGUUGCAAAUAUCUCCUCUCAGACUGUGACUGGUUAUUUAAUUUUUUUAACUCUUUUCUUCUGCUGAAGUUUUAUGUUUUCAUAUUAUUGGUUUCAAGGUGAUAAUAUUCUCCUAUACUUUCCUCUAAAGUGAAGGUUUCACUUUCAACAUUUAGAAUUUUAAUCUACCGUAAAUUUUUUCUUUGUAGUAUGAAGUCUACAAUAUAUAAUGCUGUAUUUCUUUUAAAUACUUUACAUCAGUGGUAUCACACUAUUUUUAAACUUAUGCAACUUGCUUUUUUUCACGAAGUGUUACAUUUCCAAGAUCUAUCCAUGUUGAUAAAUAUAUUUAUUUAUUUCUCCAUUCCCCUAGUGAAAGACAUUUGUAUCAUUUUUGUGUUUUGUGUUUAAAUCUAGAAGUGGAAAUGAUGGGUCCAGGGUGUAGACAGUAUGCCAGUUAUUAAUCUAUUGUGCUUCAGCUCCAAACCUACCCUUCUAUACUCUGCUUUGUGAUGCUGGGGCCAUGACUCUACAGAACACGUUUCUGUCUUGCCAGCUGCUACUCCCUGUUGGGUCCUACCAGUAAGAGAUACUAAAUAUAAAUAUUGAGUCUGCGGAAGGAAGAAGGGACUUGCUCCUUUUUUCCUUCUGGUUGGCUCCCUGUUCAUCUGUCAGCCCAGCAUUGCUUCUUCACUUGGGCAGCAGCAGUUCCUCAUGGUAGCAGCAGUUUAAUCCAGUUUUCACUUUUCCAGCACUAAGAGCUUUAGGGUACCCCACCCCCUCAGAGACCUAGCAGCAUCUGGCUGGUGCCACCUCCUUAGAGGUAUGAAUCCCAGUCACAUGAGACCCUGCUUCCAACCUUCUAUUUUUAAUAAUUCCAACUUCUUCCCUUGUUACCCUAGGCCAGCUGCUUUCUGCAGUUGCUACCUCCAUGAUAAUUUUAAUGUUCUCUUUUUGUCUUUUAAGUUACGUGGUUAAUAACUUCAUCACUAGUUAAAAAUUCAUUUUAAGUUCUCUCUGUUAAAAUAAUCAGUAUGGUUUCUGUCUCCUAACUGGGUUCUGAUUGAUAUAGAAGUUUUUCAACUUGACUAAAUUUUAAAGUUAAAAAAAUUGCACUAAUUUACACUCUCAUGAGCAGUUUGAGAAAAAGUUUACAUUUUCACACAUAUUCACCAGGACUUAUCUGUUUUUUUAAAAUUGUUGCCGAUCUGAAAGGUGUAAAAUGGCUUAAGCCCUCCCAUCCAUGAAUAUGGUUUGUCUUUUUAUUUAACUCACCUUUUAAAAUUUUAAAUAGUAUUGUAUGGUUUUGUCUAAGAAAUUGUCUUUGAAAGUUAAUCUUUUAAUAGAAAAUUUGCUCAUGUACAUGUAUAUACAUAUAUAUUAAAAAUAUUAUGUAUUAUGGGGUAUAUAUAUAUUUAUAUGUAAUAUAUGUAUCUAUAUAUAUGUAUAUAAGUGUGUGUGUAUACAUGUGUGUGUAUGUCUCCCCAGAAAACAUUUUUGUUUUAUAUAUUCAUUUUAUUUUACCCACAUAUUUACCACUUUGAUUGCUCUUCAUUCUUUUCUGCAUUUCCUCUAGGAUCAUUUUCUUCUUUGCCUGAAAAACAUCCUUUAGAGUUUUCUUUAGUGGAGGUCUAUUAGUGAUAAACCUCUCAACCUUGUGAAUAUUUUCUCUUGCACUUUUUUGAUAAGCAAAAGUGAAUCCUUUACCUUUAAUACUUGGUAGCACUGCGCCAUAGUAAAUUGAUGCAAAAUUAAAUACUUUUUUUUGCUUUUUUCCCUGAGUGUUCCAUAAUGAUUAUGACAACCCAGGAUAUUUGAAUUAAUCACCAGAUGCCCCCCAAUACAGCAUACACUUGAAUAUACAUAUUACACUUUCUUCACUUUGUAUAUAGCAUGCCCUCAUCCUCAUUUACUAAUUAUUAAGUUUAUCAAAAUGAUAUCUCAUCAGUUCUUCCAAUCUUCAUCUCAUCCAUUAAAAAAAUUAAAUUUGAUGUUUUAAAAUUAUUAUUAUUAUGGAAAAUGUCAAACAUAAAUAAAAGUAAUCUAUAGUGACAGAAAGCAGAUCAGUGAUUGCCUCUGGGGUAGGAAUUAACUCCUAUGAGGUAGGAGGGAGCUUCCCAGGGUGAUGAAACUAUUCUGUAUCUUGACUGGAGUGGGUGUUAAUGGGGAUACACAAGGUCAUCAAAUGAGUACACUUAAGAUUUGUGCAUUUUAUUGUAUGUAAAUUAUAUCUCAAUUAAAAUUUUAAAACAACAAUAAAGAAUUCCUUGUUCCCAUAUCAGGAGUCAAAUAUGGGCUGCUUGGGAGAAAACCAAGAAUCUUGACCACUAGAUCAGAUGAAAGACACUGGCAAUGGGAAACUUGGUCCUCCCAAGGCUUUAGAAAUGGUUUUGCUCCAUGAAAAUGACCUUUACUAAGGCCCAUGAUGGGUUGUGCUGGCCUUCCGUUAGCUACCAUCACCUAUGUGGUGAUCCCUACUGGCCAAUACUACUGUGUGUAUUUGGCUCCCAAUAGCCUGAGCACAGUCUCUCCUAAUCCUCCAUUAGCAUUAGCUACCAUGAUGUAGUUCUUACCCCCAUCACAUGUCUGCACAGUGUCUACUAACACCCACUCCAUUAGCUUAUAGCAGUUCUUAUCACCACCUUUAGUUAAGAGCACAGUGUCUGCUGACCUUCCAUUAACUCACAAUAGCUUGUCUUCCCACACUUUUUAUUCCAGCAGAGUCUGCCGACCCCCUUUAGCUCAUAGCAUCAUGUCUCGCCACCCCUUUUAGCUGCUAUUACAAUUUUUACUGACCUCCAUUUGCUCACAGCAUAGUGUCUUUUCACUCCUUUAGCCUCCAGCUUGGUGACUGAUGAUCUAUUAGCUCAGUAUCAUGUCUUUUUGCCCUCUUUUAGACUCAACAUGGUGACUGCUGACCUCCCAUUAGCUCCCAGCGAUGUGUCAUCACCUUCAUUUAUACCUAAUGCAGUGGCUGUUGACCCCAUGUUGGCUCUCACCACUUUGUUCAUUCCCCACUGUCCACUGUACAGUAUAUUUAAUCCAAUGAGUUCUAAUCGCAGUAUCUGCUCAUCCUACAUUAGAUCCCCUCACUAUGUCUGCUGGUUUUUUAUUAGCCAUGAUAUUAGCCAUAUCAGUGUCUCUGAUCCCCAUGAACCCACAACACAGCACCAUUGCACAAAUAUUUAUCUGCUGUUCCCCAGUUAGCCACCAAUAUGGUGACUUUGAUCUCUUGAGCCCCAGCUUAAUGUCUGCAGAACUCACAUGACCUUGUCACUCUAUCUUCUGAUCCCCCAUUUACCAAGUUCCAAGUUUUUUACCUGAGGACCCCUAAAUAGCCUCCAUCACUAUGUCAUCCGACCUUACAUUAUAGCCUAUUAGUGCAUCUGUUGACCAUACGUUAAUGUCUUCGACUUGUCAGACACCCACACAGAGUAUGAACUCCUUGAGGACCCAUUACCAUGUUUUUUGUCCUUACAGUAGCUGAAUCCCUGUGUCUGCUGCUGAGUCCCUCUCCCUCGCCUUUAACCACGAGUAUUGUGUCUUUGACCCCUUGAGGCCUGAGUAGAGUUUGCUGACCCCACGUUAGCUCUGAUCCCAGUGUCUGUUGAUCCUCCAUUAGGCAGCAGUACUGUUUCUUCAAUAUGCAUGAGGUUCCAGCAAUGUAUUUGCUGAUCCCCAAUUAGCCACAAGAUCAGAGACUAACCUCCAUGAGCUUCUGGCACAGUAUCUGCUGAUUCCACAGUAGUCUCAUCUUAUUGACCACCCAUUAGCAAUGAGUACAAUGUCUUUGACCUUCAUAAGUCCCAAUCACAGUGUUGCUGACCCUGCAUUAACCAUCAUCACUGUGCCUGUUGAUCCCCCAUUAGCCACUAAUACAGUGUCUGAAUGCAAUGAUGUCCCAGUACAGUGCAUGCUGACCAUACAUUAGAGCCCAUCACCAUGUUUGCUAACCCUAUACUGGCCUCAACACUGAGACUACUGACUACCACCUACUAGUUUAGAGCCUUUGCCUCACGUUUUUCAAUCACAGUAUCUGCUACUGAUCCUAUAUUAAUUAGUGUCACCACUGUGUCUUCUAAUCUUUGCCACAAGUAGAGUGUCUUUGAUCUUCAUAAAAAAUCUGACUAGUGUCUGCUGAUCCCAUAUUAGUACUUUAUUACCCUGCUGAUAAGCCAUUAGCCACCACUAAAGUGAUUUUUGUCUCCACCCCAGCAUCAGCCCAUUCGCUACCCCCAUCCCUGUGGAUGCAGGUUACUCAUCCUCUAAUACAAUGUAUUGACCUCAUGAGCCCCAGCAUAAUGCCUGGGACUCAUUAGAGCCUACCCUGCAUUAGAGCCCUUUAUGGUUUCUGAUGAUCUUCUAUUGGUCGCCAGUACAGUGUCUUUAACUCCCAUGAGUCCCCAUAACCAUAUCUGCUGGUGCUGUAUUAGCUCCCAUGAUUGUUGAAUUCCCACUAGUCAUUAAUAUACUAUAUUUGAUCCCUGUGAUUACUCCCCACAGUUUCUGAUGACCCUUUAUUAGGACCAGUCAUUGUUCCCUGAUUUCUGUAAAUUGGUUUGUUGCUGUUUCAAUUGUUCCUCGGACUCUGGUGGUUCCCCAGUCCUGCAGACUGCUUUUUUAUUUUUCCUUUCCCAGCACUUCAGAGACUCUUCUUUGAUGUUUUUGGCCUGAUCCUCUGGAUCUAGGCCCUGUUGCUCUCACUCUUUUGUAGCCCCUCUGACUGUCUCCCAGAUACAAGGACUGUUUUGUGGUCUCUUCAGAUGUUUGAUGAUCCCUCUGUUCCUCAGGUCCAGACACUAUCCCCUUGUCCCGUUAACUGUUUCCUGGUUUCUCUGGCUGUGCCCUCAGCUUGAGAUUGUUCCCUUAUCUGUCUGGCUGUCUCCUAGGUAUUUCUAGCUGUUGCAUGACAUUUAGGGAUGUUUUCUUCUUCCAUUUGCCUGUUCUAGAGUCUCUCUGGUUGUCCUCUAACUACAAGGACUGUUUUCUGGUCCUUUGUCCUUUUGAUAAUUUUUCUGACUGUUCACAUCACUGCCAUGACAGUUUCCUGGUCCCUAUGGCUGUUUUCUAGGGUCCGGGGAUGUUUCCUCAGCCCUGACCUAUUGUCUGGAACCACAGACUGUUCCUGCUGCUUCUGGCAGUUCCCCAAUACAUGGAAUAGGUUACUUGACCCUCCCUGAUGUUACCUCAAUCCUGGGUAUGUUCACAUGUCUUAUUGCUUAUUUUCUGCUUUUGCCAACUGUUUCUCAACACCAAGGACUGUUGUAUACACUGGAUGUGGCCUCAGGCAUUAAACAGCAAGUGGGAGUUGCAGGCUCCAAAGGGAGCACCUUCCAGGUGCUCCCUUUAGCUGUGGCUGCUAUGGAGAAGCAGACCCUACAGAGAGGCUAUUUAGUUCAGAGUCCUGGUGUGAGUCACUACAUUUCCUCCCAUUACCCUUCUAGAAAAUCCAUUAAGGUGAGUAAAAUGAGUUACCCCUCACCCCCACAUUCCAUGUGUCUGUGUGUGAAUCUCUGCUUGGAAAAGAAUCUCUGAUGGCUGAGAGGAAGUACAAGGGGUUGGCAGUCCUGUGAGGUGUGCAGCAUGGGGUCCAGCUCCAUGGGUAGCAUAGGGGCUGGCCCUACCCUCACCCAGCCCUCAGUACUUCUCCCUGAAAAAAAUGGGUCUCACAGUCCCUACCCAGAAUCCUUCUGAGGUCUGUGAUAGGGUUGGAGGAUGAUUUAUGGGUGUAUUCACCCCUUGGAUAUUUUUUCCAAUCAAAACACAAAACUCUCAUAAUAAUAACUUCAUGUGUAAUAUUACUAACAGUGACAAUUGCUAGACAGGCAAUGUAGUGCAAUGAUGAAGAACGUGAACACUGAAGCCAAAUCUGUAUUCAAAUCCGAAGCCUUAAUGGUUUCUUAGCUAUGACACCAAAAGCACGUACUAUAAAACAAAAAGGAAAUAAAUUGGGCUUCAUCAAAAUUAAAAAUUUUUGUGUGGUAAAUAGUACUGUCAAGAAAGUAAAAUGUCAACCCACAGAAUGGGAAAAAAUAUUUGCAAAUCAUAUAUCUGAUAAGGGAUGUGUAUCUCAGAUAUAUAAAGGACUUGUAUAACCCAGUAAUAAAAAAAUAACCCAACUUAAAAAUGGGCAAAGGAAAAAAAAGGGGCAAAGGAUCUGAAUAGACAUUUCUCCAAAUGAGAUAUAUGAAUGACCUAAGUACAUGAAAAGCUUCACAGCAUCAUUAGGCAUUAGGGAAAUGGAAAUCAAAACCACAAUGAGAUAUUUCACAACCACUAGUAGGCUAGAAUAAAAAAGAUAGACAAUAGCAAGUGUUGACGAGGAUGUAGAAAAAUUGGACUCAUCUUAACAUUGCUAAUGGGAUGUAAAGUGGUGCAGCUGUUUUGGAAGAAAGUUUGGAAGUUUCUUAAAAUGUUAAACAUAGAGUUACCAUAUGAUCUAGGAAUUCUACUCCUGGGUAUCCACCCAAGAGAAAUUAAAACAUAUAUCCAUACAAAAACAUACACACAAAUGUUCACAGCAGCAUUAUUCAGAGUAGUCCCAAAGUGGAAACAGCCCAAAUAUCCAUCAACUAAUGAAUGGUUGAUCAAAAUGUGGUAUAUCCAUACAAUAAAAUAUUCAGUAAUAAAAAGGGAUGAUGUAGUGAUACAUGCUACAAAAUUGAUGAACUUUGAAAACAUGUUACUUGAAAGAAGCCAGUCACAAAAGACUACAUAUUGUAUGAUUUCAUUUGUAUGAGAUGUCCAAACUAUGGAGACAGAAAGUAGAUUAGUGGUUACCUAGGGCUGGGGUUGGGGGAGGUGGGAAAAGUGGAGAGUGACUGCUAAUGGGUUUCUUUUUGGGAUGAUGAAAAUAUUCUAAAAUUCUAUUGUGAUGGUUGCACAACUUUGUGAAUAUACUAAAAUUAAUUGUCAUAUUA